UUCUCAUAAAUCUCAUCUCAGGACUUCCUCCCUCCGUCGUGGGCGCCUCGGUGCCUCACCCGCUUGCCUGUACAGCACUCAAUCGCUUCCUUCAUCUCUCAAUAUCACAAUAUCCGCCUUCACGUCGGUCUCCCUCUCUCGCUUCGCCUCUCAGUCACCUACGACAAGUACUCAAUCGCUUCCUCGGCCUCUGACCUCUCAAUCUCCAUCUUCGUCUCAAUCUUUCCCUCUAGCUUAGCCUCUCAAUUGCCUGUCUCUCUUGGCACUCAGUUACUUCCUUCACCUCUCGAUCUCUCAAUCUCCGGCCGUCACUCAAGGUUCACCCCCGUACGACUCCGUCCACUGCUUCAUUAGCUUUUUGCUCGUGAUUUGUAUCUGGAAAGUCAGGAAUCUCGCUUCAUCUCAAUCAGUCUAUUGCUUCAUGCACCGACAUCAUAACGUCUCAAGUCUAGACAUCGCACAAAUUUGAGGGGCAGUGAUGAUCAAACUGUUUGAUGCCCACUGUCACCUGCAGGACUCCAGAAUCUUUAGCAAGACCCCCCAAUUAAUCAAGGCUGCCCAAGAUAUUGGGGUCGCUUGCUUUGCCGUUAAUGGAGUUUCCGAGAAAGACUGGCACUUGGUUAAGGAGAUGAGCGAAAUCCAUCCUUCUGUCAUUCCCUGCUUCGGUCUUCAUCCAUGGUUUGUUGCAGAGAGGAGCCCCAACUGGUUCAAGACCUUGAAAGAAUACUUUGACGCUACACCCUCUGCUGCAGUCGGAGAGAUUGGUGUGGACAAGGGAUCUCAUGGAAGGCAGAUUGAUUUCACAGAGCAGGUUCAAGUAUUACGGCAGCAACUUGAACUUGCAAAAGACUUGAACAAGCCAGCAUCUGUACACUGUGUUCGGGCUUUUGGUGACCUUCUAGAGGUGAUGAAGUCCAUUGGGCCUUUCCCUGCCGGUGUCAUUCUUCAUUCCUACCUAGGUUCUGCUGAGAUGGUUCCUGAAUUUUCCAAGCUUGGUGCUUAUUUUUCCUUCUCUGGGUUCCUUAUGUCGCUUAAAGCGAGCAAGGCAAAGAAAAUGUUGAAGAUGGUACCAUCUGGUAGGAUUUUAUUAGAGACAGAUGCACCAGAUGCUCUGCCGAAUUCAAACAUAGAUUCUCUCUUUUUCAUUGAAGGAGAUGCUUCACUCUCUGAACAUAUACGUGGACAAGCAACUCCGUCAACUUCUAGCUCCUCCACAGAUGCUUCAGUGUUGCCAAAAGAAACACUUAAUCAUCCAGCAAACAUUCGCAACGUGCUUGAUUAUGUUGCAUCCAUGUUGGAGAUUUCUAAAGAAGAACUUGCUGAACAAAGUUACCACAAUGCAGUCCGCCUAUUCUCAUAUGAAGGUUCCAAAGUCCUUCAAAUGUAAACAAAAUCAGGACGAGGUUAUAGUCUUGUAGAUUGAUCCAAGAGUUCUUGUACUGCUUUUAUAUGCGAGUAAUCUGUCAGAUUUAGUUA